CAAAAUCUUCUGAACUUUCUCCUUCAACCUACCUCAUUUCUUUCUUUAUUCCUAUCAUUUCGAUCACUCACUCAUACUCGCGCAGCCAUUUUUUCAGUUACCAAAAUCACAAACUUCUCUCUAUCUCUCUCUCUCUCUCUCUCUCUCUCUCUCUAUCUCUCUCUUUAUCUCUCUCUCUCUCCCACCACCGUCCAUUCUCCCUCACUUUCUCCUAAUAUAAAUUCCAUGUGCACAAACCCAAACAUCAGUUGCAAGAAACACACACAACUACACAAGUGUCUUUAUAACAAUGACACUCUCUGUAACACCAACUUCCCAACCAAACACUUCAACUUCCUUCUCAAAACCCAACUUCAACCCAACUUUCUCACAUGCCACCACCCCAACCUUACCCUUCAACAAGUCCCAACUCGCUUGGGAUCGCCUCAGGACUGACUCACUGGAAUGCAACUCACCCCGACUCGGUCACAAGUGGACCCAAUACCAAGGAAUCAACCACUGGGAAGGCUUGUUAGACCCUCUUGACGACAACCUACGCGCCGAAAUCCUAAGAUACGGCCACUUCGUAGAAUCCGCUUAUCGCGCUUUCGAUUUCGACACCAAUUCCCAGACCUACGCCACGUGUCGCUUCCCUGAAGCAUCACUAUUGGCUCAGACCGGAAUGCGAAAAUCCGGUUAUAGAGUAACCAAAAACUUACACGCCACAUGCGGCGUUCAAUUACCCAAUUGGGUUUCUUCUGUGUCGCAACUGCCACGUGCUCGAUCCAGUUGGAUUGGUUACGUAGCAGUCUGUGAAGACGAGAAGGAAAUUAAGCGCCUGGGAAGACGUGACGUGGUGAUCGCUCUUCGGGGAACCGCCACGUGUCUGGAAUGGUUGGAAAAUCUUCGUGUUACCUUGACAAAAUUGCCCAACCAUAUGGGUUGUGGAAGCGACGAUUGCAUGGUGGAGAACGGUUUUUUGAGUCUCUACGUCUCCAAAACGAGCGCGUGUCCCAGUUUGCAAGACAUGGUUCGGGAAGAGGUUGCGAGAGUGAUCCAGUCUUACGGCCACGAGCCACUUAGCAUAAGUAUAACCGGUCACAGCCUCGGAGCUGCACUCGCGAUUCUGAGCGCGUACGAUAUAACCUCUACGUUCAAAAAUUCACCAAUGGUGUCUGUGGUUUCCUUCGGUGGGCCCCGGGUCGGUAACGAUAAGUUCAGGGCCCAGUUGGAAAAGAGUGGAACCCGAAUACUUAGAAUUGUGAACUCCGAUGAUGUAAUCACAAAAGUUCCUGGACUUGUGGUUCCGGAUGCUGACAUGGCAUGCAGUGGCCAUGUCCACGUAGCGGGUUUGCAGAGUUGGUUCCGUAAGGUUGUUCAGGACAUGCAGUUGGUAUACGCUGACGUCGGACAAGAGUUAAGAGUGAGUAGCAGGGAAUCAGCGUAUCUGAAGAAAGGAGAUGUAGCCACGUGUCAUGAUCUUAAGACUUAUCUUCACUUGGUUAAUGGUUUUGUUAGUUCUUCCUGUCCGUACAUGAGCAAAACGACGCAGUAUCAGGCGGAAGCUUCACUGUGAUUUUUAUUUUUGUUAUCAUGUGUAUAAUUCUCACAAGAUUAGUCUAUUUUACCUGUGCAUAAUUAAGACGAAUGCGAUACCUACUAUCUCACAAUGACCAUGAAAAGCAUUUGUUUCACAUAGUAACACAAGAGAAAUGAAAGAGAAAAGUUGUCAUCUGAAAGUAAG